AAGAGUACCCAACCCAAGGAGAUGACGUAUUUCCUGACAAGUCAGCCAAACUCGAAAGUACGAACCAACGUCCGCAAUCGAAACAACUACUAAAUAUCUUGUUAGGGCAGUAAUACUUCCUUCUUUGGCAACACUUCCGGGUUUCUCUCCGGUGAUAGGCUGGUUUUAUGGUUUCCUGUUGCUAUUUCUAUAAUAUUUAUUCCCGUCCAUGAAUACGAGUGUCACUCUGCUGUUCGUUAUCCAGCUGAAGUUCAAGAAAGACAUCAGUCAAUCAUAAAGACAGUACUUUGCAAUGGAGGAUGAAGGAGACUUGUUUUUUGACUACGAUGUCAACUGCACGGGGAACAUGUCAAUGCACGAAGACUGUGAGGGACCAUUGCCAAUCACAUCAUUCGCCAAAGCAAGAAUCAUCCUCUACAUAAUCAGUUUCUUGUUAAGUUUGAUUGGCAAUAGCUGUGUUGUCCUAGUAACGUUAAAGAAGAUAUACAAAAAGGUCAACGUUGGAGCAUUCAAACUGCUAAUAGCCCAUCUGGCAUUGGUAGAUUUUCUGUAUUCAUGCAACAUCUUCGUUCUUAUUCCAAACGAACUCUAUGAAGCUGAAAUGCAUGAUCGUUUGCCAAUGUGUACCUUCAAAAGACUUUUAAGACAAGCACCUUACAUGGCAUCAAUUGGAACUGUUGUUGUUAUCGCCAUAGAGAGGUUCAAGUCCAUAUCACACGAUUUUAGCGUUAGAAAAUGGUCAAAAAGGAGAAUCUGUGUCAGCCUAUUGAUCGUCUGGGUCGUUUCUUUUGCCGUGUACAUUCCAGAAACUAUUUCAUUGGACACAAGAGAUGGUGACAUUCACUGCUAUAAAAAAAUGAAUUUAACACAAAUCCGUGCCAAUGCUGUUUUCCUUCUUCUCAUGGAAUACGUGUUGCCGUUGUGUAUCAUUGGCUUCUGCAAUUAUAAAGUCAUAGCGGUGAUCAAAAGUCGACAGAUGCUCGGCUUACAAACACAAAACAUGCAAGAGCGUGACAAUGAGCAGAAAAAAUCAGUGAGGAUUCUUCUAGCCAUUGUUAUAGGAUUUGCUGUUCUGGCCCUACCAAAUCAAAUUUUUUUCGGAUAUCUGGAUCUUGGCAACAACUACCAUGAAUUUACGAAAAAAUGGGAUAUUCUACAAAUGAUUGCUAUAAUCUUGCUAUUUCAUGCGUCAUUCAACGCUGUCCUGUACAGCGUAGUGGAUAAGGAUUUCCGUUGUGAUGUGAAAGAGCUGUGUUGCUGCUGCUUUGAAAAGUUCACUUUGAGCAGGGAUCGCUCCUCGAUUUCAACAUCAGCCACUGGGGUAAAUAGCAAAGCAUACGAGAUGACGGAUGUCAACAUCAACAGUAGCGCCUAGCUGUGUUAGCUCUUAGCUUAAGGGGGGGGGGGAUCUUCAUUGUAUGUACUUUCAAAGGAGAGGAGGGCAUAUGUGUUGAGCUAAGGGUUAGGGGUAGUACCGAGACAAACCAUUUUCUACUUCUUACAAUUGUGCAUUGGAAAAUGUUUAUGAGAGCAGCCUCUUUCUUUCUUUAGCACAACACAAAACCUCUAAGAAAGGUGUACGCAAAAGGUAUGGUAUUAUUCGUACAGGACUCGCCCAUACAAAAUGCACGGGAGGGACUGUGAAGGGGAAAAUAAAGGGUCAAGGUUAUUAAUGCAAUUUGGACAUACGUAAGUGCUUUGUAGAUGCCCCUGUUUAAUAUGGCAGCGGUAAUGCAGUCUGUUACAAGCAGAAAAUCUUUCAAAUUCAGCUAAAAAAAUGUUUCAUAAAUUUUUUAUAAGAUAAUUGAGUUUAUAUAGUCGUAAACCUGAGUUUUAUCAUAGGCAUUCUCAAUGUAUUGCUUGUCUAAUGGUAGGCUGGGGUCGGUGGUGUAGUGACAUUUGGUCAAAUGACUUUGUGGAUAACUUCUUCAAGAAUUAUUUCAGAAUUAGUCAGAAUUAACUUUAGUACAAAUAAAUGCUUGUGCGUUUCAUAAACUUAAAAUCAUGCAUCCAGUUUCAAUAAAUGAGAAUACUGACUUUGAUCAAUUUUUGGACAAGCGACUCUCCAAAGUCUUGUGCCAAAAUCUUUAAAAAACUAGAUACCGAAAAAAUUGUAAAGGAUUUCGCAGAUUUUCCUCGUACUUGAAAGGACUUCGUCUCAACUUUGGAGUAUAAUAUAUUACAUUAAAUGUUUGCUUGAGGUUUUGAAAAAUCGGCUUCGGUUUCCUCACAUGACCCGCUUCAUGAUAUAAAAUGUGAAUUGUGAAGCAAAUUGCCAGUUGUGAAAUGAAGAGAGCCAGCCACCGAAAACUAUUGACUGUUAAUGUUUUUGACAAAGAUGGCACGUAGAAAUGACAGCAAAGCAUACUUCCAAUACAUUUAUAAAAAUGGACGUUUUCCCGAAUUCUUAUGGGCGUGAUCUGCAAAAAUGUUCUAAUAUAAACGCCUGUACACCCUGCUAUUAGAGUUGUUUUCGACCCCCCCCCCCCGCCACCUUCCCCGCCAUGGGCUAUGAGACUGCUUGGGUUGGCCUUUAGAUCUCCUACAAAGCACUUCAAUGACACAAAAUUUGGACAUUCGCUGCAAUGACCUCUUGUUCUUGGUUCACUCUUUUUGAAACUGUUAACAUCCAUUUUAUAUAUAUUUUAUCAAUAUCUGGAAUUUCAUUACUAUGUUACGUAAUUAAAAUGUUAGUAUUUUUUACCAUUUUACUGUUACAUACGCUGGGAGGCAAAACUGCUUUCUACUGCAUUUUUAGAUAGAAACUGCUUCAAAGUAAAAUGUUAAUGUUAAGAAUUCGCUUUUGGUGUAAAGAACAGGAAGGUGGUAAGUUGCAACUACGAGAACGACGCUUAAUGUGAUCAUUGGGCCACUGUUGACUGAUGAUCUCAUCAAGUUGCCUGAUGAUUCCAUUUAGGGUGAAACUGGGAGCAGCAACAAAAACCGUCCUGUAUUUUGCACCAAAUGCGUAUACAACUUUUACUAUACGGAAUCUAUGCUGUACCCUAGGACCAGAGCCACAUAAAUUCUAGGGCGUGGAAAUAGAAAAGAGGAGAAGAGGAAUCAAGAGAUGUUGCCCUGUUGCCAAGGGUACAGCAUGCAGCUAUUUACGAGAGACCUGUACACAUUUAAUCUUAGUAUGUUAACCAUUCUACAAUAUAACAGCCGUAUUUAGAUAUCAUAUUUAGAGGUUAGCCAAUGGUCACUUUCAAUUGCUUUAAGAAAUAGCACUUUUUAUAUAAUUUUGUAAUGUAUGUGUUGAAAUAAUGAAGCAUUUCAACCUACAAACAGCAAACUCAAUGGCUCUUUGUCUUCUUGUGCUAAAUUUGGCUAUUGCCAAACGGAAUCCGUGUGGGGGGGGACUAUUAACGAAGCACCGACUAUAACUAGCUAGGUUGAUAAUGCAAGUAGAUGUAAGUAGCCAUAAUUUAUAUCAAGAAACAUAACGGAUCGUUGUUAAUAUAAAAUUGAAUGAAUUCUGUUCUUUAAUAUGCCUUUCGGCAUAAGUUUAAGAAAUUGAAUGGCUCUUACAUGAAUUGGUUUCAAAAGUAUGUUCACCUUGAAUACUUUCAGUGAAAAUGGUUACACAAUUUUGGUAAGUCAGAGAAAAGGGUACAUUCCAUGCAACCCAAAAUCAGAGAUAAGGGUCUAGUUUCUACUUUCAAGAUUACAUAUGGUAUACAUUGGACUAACUGACUGAGCCCGCCGGGGUAAACGCGUGUCCAGGGUAUUCGUUCUAGUAUCAUUCCUUGGGCACAAGCCGCAGGUCCACAUCAUCUUACAGUUGCCACAACCCUGACUGCUAGUUUGCUUGCUUGUUUGCCCAGUCUACAAUAACGCACUGUUAAUGGAAUCCAGGAAAGAUAACACGAAAAUCUAGAGUAUGACUGUUCUGGUGGUGCAAUAAAUUUUCUGGUCGAUUUUGAAGAAGCUCUCAAUGAUUUAACUCGUGUGCGGUUAUUUGGGGCUGGCUUUCACAUGUCAAUGCCGCAAACGCUCUUUCUUCAUAAUAAGACACUUAAUAAGAACAACGAACCUCUAUUUGCCUAGCCUGCGCGCAGUUUUUUUCUGCGUGCAGGCUACUAUUUGCCAAAAGUAAAAGCGUCAGAGCACAACCUGCCUUAGAUUAAACGUUUAGAAGACAGAUGUCAAUAUACUUUUACCAUAGAGUUGUUAAGUGAUGACGUCACAAAAAUAUGUUUUUAGAAUUUUUAAAAAUUUUUCCAUAGCCUGAAAGAGCAUUAUAUAAUACCUCUAAAUCUGCAAAAUCAGUUAAAAGUAUUACGAAUUGGCUGAUAGAUAACCAGAUGAGCAAAGCUCUGGCCCUAUCAAACUUCUGUAAUUUGUUCAUAACUUUAUGAACUGAGCCAAAAUAACAGUAAUCCGUUAGCAAAAUUCAAAUUUUCUAUUGGUCAUAGCUCACCCCAUUUUUGAAAGAUUUAACUGAUUUUGUAUAUAUGGGAGUAUUUUAUGGUGUGUAGUCAAAAUUCGAAAAUUCUAAAAAUAUUCUUUUGUGACGUCACACUUGAGAACUCUAUUUGCUCUCAUGUUAUCAAAUCCGAGCAUAUCUUAUAAGCUAAUCAGCAGUGCUACUAAAAACGUUAUGCAAAACGGGUCUCAUAGACGAUUUUUAUCAUGCGGUUGAUUCAUUAAAAACACUCGAGCCUCAAGUUAUUGAAAAAAAGAGAGUGUAAUGAAAAAUCAGAGCAUACUCUGCUGUGUGCAAGGAAAACUUUUUAUCAAUAUGAUAUUUGAUGAUGUUAAUUUUUAUUUUCUAUCAACGAGCUAUUUGCAAUGUAAAAUUUACGGAUGUGAACGGGCAAGCAUAAUUUUAUUCGUAACUUUUGGUCAGCUUACUGAAACGCACCUUUAUUUCUGGAAAGGGAUAAAUACCGCAUUCAGUGACCGCAUUUGAAUUAUCUCUUCUGUUGCAGACAUUUUACAUUCACAAACAGAAAGUAAUAAGUCCAGGUCAACGCCUCGAGUUGUUUUGUUGAGAGGUGCAAAGGUCCUUUUGUAAAUGUCCGAGUGCAAUGAUUGUGAGCCAUUUUAUAUCUAGAAUGCAGCAGAAUGUUUUUCUAGAGUUGAUUCUUCACAUGCAUUAGAGAGUUAUGCAGGGUAAAAAAUUUGGUCAAAGUUAUUCUCAAAGUCGUGUAUUGGAGCUGGAACCCUUUUUUCGCAUACAAGGAACAACUUCUUUGCUGUCGUUAUUGGCUUUAGUGCUACUGAAAGCAAACGAAUGAAAAAGCUUAGCAAACGUCAACUUGCCAGACUAUUCCCUUCAAGCGCACAUACCAUUUUAUGCUUCUUUUAAGAAUAAUACCAAUAUUAUGUCAUGUAACAAUAAGAUCAAUGUUAUCCUUCAACAUUCUUAUUUAUCUCUCGACUAGGCAAAUCUCUUUAGAAAGUUCGAUGGCAAAUCUCUUUAGACUCAUAAGCUAU